AUGCUAAUGUUAAUGAAGCUAUUAUUGGUGAUGUUGCCUUCUGUGGUAUGCCUGUGUCCUGUGGGCCAAAGGGCUACUCAGAUACUUCUGCCAGUCCUUCAUAGAUAUUAUCAUGCUGGAGAUCUCAAUAUUGCUGGCAUUACUUCUCAGAAUUAUGUGCUUUCACGUUCCAUAACAUUUCACAAAGCUCCCUCACCUGAACUCUUUGAUGAUAUCAUGGUAUUGACUCAGCAUUACCAACAUAUUCUGGCACUGGUAUUUGCUGUAAAAGAAAUCAAUGAAAACCCACAGAUUUUGCCAAACAUCACUCUGGGCUUCCAGAUCUAUAACAGCCAUUUCAGUGCAAGCUGGACUUAUCUUGCCUCAAUGGAUCUUCUCUCCACCCAGAAGAGGUUCAUUCCAAACUACAAGUGUGAUACUAGAAGCAAUGCAGUUGCAGUCAUUGGGGGACCUAAUUCAAAUGUAUAUCUUCAUAUGGCCACCAUUCUAGGUAUCUACAAGGUUCCACAGCUAUCCUAUGGUUCUGCGCCAGUGCUGGAUUACAAAAAUCAAGAUGCUUUUGUCAACCAGAUGUUCCCCCAGGGCAUGCAUCAGUACAAUGGGAUUCUUCACUUACUUCUUCAUUUUAGAUGGACAUGGAUCGGAGUGCUGUAUCUCAGUGAUGACAAUGGGGAGAGAUUUGUGCAGAAUGUACUUCCAUCAUUUUCCCAGAAUGGCAUCUGCUUUGAUUUUAUUCAGAGGCUACCCAAACAAGGGUUUUCUAAUGCUAUUGAAACCCUUGUGGAAGAUGGGAUUAAAACAUACAAGAUCAUCAGCAGAAACACUUCCAAUGUCUUGGUCAUACAUGGAGAACUACAAACCAUGUCAGUUCUUAUCCUACUGCUAGGAAUGCCAGAAUAUCUUGGCAUGGACAAAUCAGAAGGAAAAGUCUGGAUUAUGACAGCUCAGAUGGAUUUUGUGUCUUAUUCUUUAAAAAAACCACAGGACAUAGACUUCAUCCAUGGGGCAAUAUCCUUUGCAGUUCACUCAAAGAAUGUGUUAGGAUUCCAGACCUUUCUUCAGACCAGAAAUCCCACCUCAGAAAAAGAAGAUGAUUUCCUCCAGAUCUUUUGGGAACAUGCAUUUGACUGUUCUUUACCCAAACCCAACAUAGACAACCUGUCUGGGACACUUUGCACUGGAAAGGAGAACCUGGAAAGUCUCCCUGGGACUCUUUUUGAAAUGAAGAUGACUGCCCACAGCUACAACAUCUACAACGCAGUCCAUGCUGUAGCACAUGCUGUGCACUUCAUGUAUUUAUCACAGUCCAAGCAGAGACAAAUAGGAAAAAAUGAGCAGCAGAAGAACCUUUUCAGUCAAAUCUCCUGGCAGGGGUAUCCCCUUUCACUGUGUAAUGACAAUUGCCAAGAGGGUUAUAGUAAAAGAAAGAAGGAAGGAAAGCCAUUUUGCUGUUAUGAUUGUUUUCCGUGUCCAGAAGGAAAGAUAUCAAAUCACAAGGACGCAGAUACAUGUUACCCAUGUCUGACAAAUCAGUAUCCAAAUCCUCAGCGACGUUUAUGCGUUCCAAAAACUUUCAGUUUCUUAUCUCUUAAAGAACAUUUAGGGGUAUCUUUGGCUGUUCUGGCUCUUUUCUAUUCUUUCCUGACUAUCCUGGUGCUUUGGCUUUUUAUUAAGCAUCGAGACCUCGCAAUAGUCAAGGCCAACAACCGGAGCCUCACCUACCUUCUCCUGCUCGCUCUACUGCUCUCCUUCAUCUGUGCUUUAUUGUUCAUUGGGCCACCAGAGAAGAUUACAUGUCUCCUUCGCCAAACUGCUUUUGGCAUCAUCUUUUCGCUAGCGGUUUCUUGUAUAUUGGCCAAAACCAUAAUUGUGAUUCUGGCCUUCAUGGCCACCAAACCUGGAUCCAAGAUAAAGAAAUGGUUGGGGAAAAAGCUGGCUUAUUCCAUUAUCCUUUCCUGUCUGUUUAUUCAAAUUAUGAUUUGUACUAUAUGGUUGGCAACAGCUCCUCCGUACCCAGAUGCUGAUGUGUAUUCAUUGAAUACAGAGGUUAUAUUGGAAUGUAAUGAAGGCUCCUCUACCAUGUUCUACUGUGUUCUGGGUUUUAUGGGAUUUCUGGCCAUUGUCAGUUUUACUGUGGCUUUUUUAGCCAGAAAACUCCCGGACAAUUUUAAUGAAGCUAAAUUUAUUACUUUUAGCAUGCUGGUCUUUUGUAGUGUCUGGCUCUCCUUCAUUCCAUCUUACCUGAGCACCAAAGGAAAAUACAUGGUAGCUGUGGAGAUUUUUUCCAUCUUGACCUCCAGUUUUGGGUUACUGGGAUGCAUUUUUUUCCCGAAAUGUUUUAUCAUUUUGGUGAAACCUGAUUUAAAAAUUGGAACAUCUUUAACAAGAAGGAGUCAAUGA